AUGGUCAUAAAAGAGAAAAAACACUUCAAAUUUGAUGUUUCUAUAAUAAGGACGGAACCAAGAAAUCAUUCCGAUGACUGUUACUCUAAAAACAAGAAGGUAAUAAGCUUCCCUAACCUUCCAUCCGCUAUCCGACCAGUAGGGCACGGUGUGGAUUCGACGGUCCCUGAACCACCGAAGGACUUAAAUUCUAUUGCAACAGAAGAAUUUUCUGAUGUACAUUUGGAUUUAGAAGAACACGAUGAAGAAUUUCAAUGUGUUACAGAAAAUCUAGAGCGUAAAUUGUUUACUCAGGUCGAGCUUAACGACUCAGUUGAGGAUCUGGGCUUAACGAAAGAAAAAGCUCAACUGCUUGGCUCUAGGCUAAAAGAAAAGAACUUGUUGGCGGCUGGAACUAGCGUUCAUGUGUAUAGGAAGAGGGAACAGCAAUUUUUAAAGUAUUUCGAACAAGAGGGUAAUUUGAGUUCUGAAACAAAUAAACUGUUUGGACAUUCUAAACAUAAUCAAUUGCAUAAUCUUCAUCAACAAAAUUGCGAUAAAGUGGAUUGUCCAGAGCCUCCAAUUUGUGGGGCUUGCCAUAGUCUUCAAACGGCCAAAGAAGAAUGCUGUCCCAAAUGUGAACCAAUAAAGUGUCCCAAUAUCGAUUGUCAACAUUGUGAAACUACAUUUAUACCAUCAAGAGAGUGCUGUCCAGUUUGCGAAUACGUUUCGUGUCCUAAUAUACACUGUACCAACUGUGAAGUUGCUAUUAUACCACAAGGUGAGUGCUGCCCAGUUUGCGAACGCGUUUCGUGUCCUAAUAUACACUGUGCCAUUUGUGAAGUUGCUCAAACACCUCCAGGUGGGUGCUGCCCAGUUUGCGAACACGUUUCGUGUCCUAAUAUCCACUGUACCAACUGUGAAGUUGCUAUUAUACCACAAGAUGGGUGCUGCCCAGUUUGCGAACGCGUCUCGUGUCCUAAUAUACACUGUGCCAUUUGUGAAGUUGCUCAAACACCUCCAGGAGAGUGCUGCCCAGUUUGCGAACGCGUCUCGUGUCCUAAUAUCCACUGUACCAACUGUGAAGUUGCUAUUAUACCACAAGGUGGGUGCUGCCCAGUUUGCGAACGCAUCUCGUGUCCUAAUAUACACUGUGCCAUUUGUGAAGUUGCUCAAACACCUCCAGGAGAGUGCUGCCCAGUUUGCGAACACGUUUCGUGUCCUAAUAUCCACUGUACCAACUGUGAAGUUGCUAUUAUACCACAAGGUGGGUGCUGCCCAGUUUGCGAACGCAUCUCGUGUCCUAAUAUACACUGUGCCAUUUGUGAAGUUGCUCAAACACCUCCAGGAGAGUGCUGCCCAGUUUGCGAACACGUUUCGUGUCCUAAUAUCCACUGUACCAACUGUGAAGUUGCUAUUAUACCACAAGGUGAGUGCUGCCCAGUUUGCGAACGCGUCUCGUGUCCUAAUAUACACUGUGCCAUUUGUGAAGUUGCUCAAACACCUCCAGGUGGGUGCUGCCCAGUUUGCGAACACGUCUCGUGUCCUAAUAUCCACUGUACCAACUGUGAAGUUGCUAUUAUACCACAAGGUGAGUGCUGCCCAGAUUGCGAACGCGUCUCGUGUCCUAAUAUACACUGUGCCAUUUGUGAAGUUGCUCAAACACCUCCAGGAGAGUGCUGUCCAGUUUGCGAAUACGUUUCGUGUCCUAAUAUACACUGUACCAACUGUGAAGUUGCUAUUAUACCACAAGGUGAGUGCUGCCCAGUUUGCGAACGCGUCUCGUGUCCUAAUAUACACUGUGCCAUUUGUGAAGUUGCUCAAACACCUCCAGGUGGGUGCUGCCCAGUUUGCGAACACGUCUCGUGUCCUAAUAUCCACUGUACCAACUGUGAAGUUGCUAUUAUACCACAAGGUGAGUGCUGCCCAGAUUGCGAACGCGUCUCGUGUCCUAAUAUACACUGUGCCAUUUGUGAAGUUGCUCAAAUACCUCAAGGAAAAUGCUGCCCAGUUUGUGAACACGUAUUUUGUCCUAACAACCAUUGUACAAACUGCGAGAUUGCUGAAACACCCCCAGAAGAGUGUUGCUCAGUGUGUCAACCAGUAUCUUGUGAUAAUAUUGAAUGUACUGAAUUUGAAGUUGCUGUAUUACCUCCUGGAGAAUGCUGUCAACUAUGCCAAUCAGUACUACUCUCUGAUAUUAAUCCUGAAGUUUCUGCAAUACCUACUAAUGUUUACAGCCCAAUUGAACAUUCAUUAUUGUGUCCUGAUAUCAUUUGUACAGAUUGUGAAACUGCUGUAAUACCAACAGAUGGUGUCUGUCCGAUUUGCGAACGGAUAUCAUGUCCUGAAAUACAUUGUUUGAAUUGCGAAGCUGCUACAACACCAAUAGACGGUUGCUGUCCUAUUUGCAAGCCAGUAUCGUGUGAAUCUGCUACAACAUCUACUGAUGAUUGCAGCCCUAGUUCUAGAUCAGUGUUUUGUCCUGAAAUAGAAUGUAAUGCAAGCGAAACGGCAAUUUCACUUCCUGGAAUCUACUGCCCUAUCUGCAUACCUAAAUCAUGUCCUGAACUCUCUUGUGAAAUUUGUGAAAAAGCAGUCAAUUAUCCUUAUAAAGAUUGUCCUGUUUGUGAACGGAUAGUUUGUCCGAAUUUGCUAUGUGAUAGUUGUUCAACUGGUAUUCGACUCCCGGGUGACUGUUGUCCUACUUGUAAGCCGAAACUGUGUCCUAAUACUCAAUGCACGAUUUGUGAGCUUGCUGUAACCGUUGCUGGUGAAUGCUGUCCGAGCUGCUCACCAAUUUCCUGUCCUUAUCUUGAAUGUAGGUCAGACGAAACUGAAUUUCUUCUUCCUGGUAUAUGCUGUCCUAUAUGCAUUCCUAAAUCAUGUCCAACACUUUCAUGUGACGUUUGUGAAAAAGCAGUCAAUUACCCUUAUAAAGAUUGUCCUGUUUGUGAACGGAUAGUUUGUCCAAAUUUGCUAUGUGAUAGUUGUUCGACUGCUGUUCAACUGCCAGGUGACUGUUGUCCUACUUGUCAACCAAAAUUGUGUCCUAAUAGUCAAUGCUCGAUUUGUGAGGUUGCUGUAACCGUUGCUGGUGAAUGUUGUCCGAGCUGUUCACCAAUUUCCUGCCCUUUUCUGAAUUGCAACUCACACGAAACUGAGUUUCUUCUUCCUGGCAUUUGCUGUCCUAUAUGCAUACCUAAAUCAUGCCCAGCACUUUCAUGUGACAUUUGUGAAAAAGCAAUCACUUAUCCUUAUGAAGAUUGUCCUGUUUGUGAACGAAUAUUAUGUCCAAAAUUACAAUGUGAAAGUUCUUCAACGGCCGUUCAACUCCCUGGUGACUGUUGUCCUACUUGUCAAUCAAAAUUGUGUCCUAAUAGUCUGCCUGAUUCAAUUGAAGAUGCUAUAACACCCUUUGGAUAUUGCCCUACAUGUCAACCGAUAUUUUGUCCAAAUAUUCAAUGGUCUACACGUAAAGUUGCCGUAAUACCUAUUGGACAAUGUUGUCCUAUUUGCGUACCAGUAUAUUGUCCAAAUAUUAGAUGUAGUUCCAACGAAAUUGCUUUUAACGUCUCGGGUAAUUGUUGUCCAGUUUGUGAACCCACUUUUUGUCCAAAUACACAAUGUAAUCCUUGCGAAAUUGCUAUUUUACGUCCUGGAGAUUCAUGUCAUGUUUAUGAACCUCUAGUUUGUGAUGAUAAAGAAUGUGGUUGUUGUGAAACGGCUGUGUCAUCUCCUGGACAAUGUUGCGAGAUGUGUUCAAAGUUAUUUUGUCCUGAUAUCGAAUGUAGUUGGUGUGAAGUUGCUGUGACACCUCAUGGAGAUUGUUGUCCUAUUUGUGCGCCGAUUGUUUGUCCAAAUGUAAAAUGUGAUAACAGUGAAGUUGCUAUAAUACCUCGUGGUGAAUUUUGUCCUAUCUGUAAACCUGCAUGUCGUUCUAAAAACAAUUACAAUACGCAAUAUUCGACUUAUUAA